AUGCAGUUCCUUUUCUCCCUCGCUGCGUUUGCUGGUCUUGCUCUUGCCCAGAAUGCUGCGAUCGGGCUUCCUAAGGCUGGCCAGACGGUCGCCGCCGGCAGUGAUAUCAUUGUUCAGGUUCAGCGUCCCAACUCUUUGACCAAUUCCGAGGAAAUGGCCGUCGCAAUCGGUUUCGCCUCUUGUGGCAGUGGUAGCUGCCAUCCCGCCGACGAGGUUAUGGGCACAGUGGUUUACAACGGAAAGUUUGACCCUGUGUACCACGAGACCUACUUGCCUCCUUACCAGAACUUCACUGUCACUGUUCCCUCCUCAUUCAGUGCAGGAAAUGCUCAGGUCAACGUCGCCCAUGCGACUCUUGUCGGAGCCGGCUUGUACCCAGACAUGGAGACUCUGAACCAGACCAUUGUCAUUUCUUAA